AUGUUACUUCUUCCUGUGCUGCUGAGCCUGAGGCUACCUACUGUUGGCGCUGCUCAGCAGAAGUGUCCAGGAUAUGCUGCCCGCAACAUUCGUCAGACCACCAAUGGCCUGGCGGCUGACCUGCACCUUGCAGGGACCGCAUGUAACAUAUAUGGGACAGAUUUACCCAGUUUGACACUCACAGUCGAAUAUCAAAGCGCAACCAGGCUCCAUGUUGUCAUUCAAGAUCAGAACAGAACCGUAUAUCAAGUCCCAGAGUCGGUACUCCCGAGGCCCAAUGCGACGGACCCAGCGACAGCAGCUACUACUCAGCUUCAGUUCAAUUACACAACCAAUCCGUUCAGCUUCGCAGUAUCUCGUCCCAAUGGAGAAGUUCUGUUCAAUACUUCCGGCUCACCCAUGGUCUUCGAGUCACAGUACCUCAGACUUAGAACUUCUUUGCCUAAUCACCCAAAUCUCUAUGGCCUCGGAGAACAUUCAGACCAUUUCAGGUUGAAUACCUCCAACUACACCAGGACUUUCUGGUCAAGGGACGCGUAUGGAAUCCCUCAGGGGACAAAUCUUUACGGGAAUCACCCUGUCUAUGUAGACCAUAGGGGUAAGAACGGAACCCAUGGGAUACUGUUCCUUAACUCGAAUGGAAUGGAUAUCAAGAUCAACGACACAGCUGGUCAAUACUUGGAAUACAAUACGCUCGGAGGGGUCUUUGAUUUUUAUUUCCUUGCCGGGCCCUCACCUAUCGAAGUUUCUCAGCAAAUUUCAGAAGUUGUCGGCAAACCAGCCAUGAUGGCAUAUUGGACGUUUGGUUUCCAUCAGUGCAGAUAUGGAUAUCGCGACGUCUACCAAGUGGCGGAGGUAGUCUAUAAUUAUAGUCAAGCCAACAUUCCUCUUGAGACUAUGUGGACUGAUAUUGACUAUAUGGAUGCCCGAAAAGUCUUCACUCUUGAUCCACAACGAUUCCCGCUUCACAAGAUGCGAGAACUCGUCAGCUAUCUCCAUGCGCAUCAACAACACUACAUCGUGAUGGUUGACCCUGCGGUGGCAUAUCAAAACUACUCUGCUUUCAACAAUGGCAAGAACCUGGAUAUUUUCAUGAAAGACGCAGACGGCUCAAUCUUCCAAGGGGUAGUCUGGCCCGGAGUAACUGCAUUCCCGGAUUGGUUCCAUCCAGACACUCAAAAAUAUUGGAACGAUGAGUUUGGAUCCUUUUUCAACCCUGAUACUGGGCUGGAUAUCUCAGCUCUGUGGAUCGAUAUGAAUGAAGCAGCGAACUUCUGCAACUAUCCAUGUUCUGAUCCAAGCGGUUACGCUGCAGAGAAUGGAUUUCCUCCUAAGCCGCCCCCAGUCAGAAACGGACCUGCUGUCACCCUUGAGGGCUUCCCUGCCGAUUUCCAACCUCCAACAAACGCGAAGCGGCAAGCUUCGCCAAGGGCAAGUAUGCUUGGUCUUCCUGGCAGGAAGCUAAUCAAUCCCCCAUACACAAUCCGAAAUGCAGCAGGUGGACUUUCGAACAAGACCUUGGGUACGGAUCUUGUGCACUACAAUGGCCUUGUGGAGUACGAUACUCACAACUUGUACGGAACCAUGAUGUCUUCCGCUUCGCGUCAGGCCCUUCUCCAUCGUCGGCCUGGAGAGCGGCCGCUGGUCAUUACUCGAAGCACCUUUCUUGGGGCCGGUGCCCAUGUCGGUCAUUGGACUGGCGACAAUGUGGCGAGCUGGGAGCAGUAUGAGAUUAGCAUGACCGACAUGCUGAACUUUGCCUCGAUUUUCCAAGUUCCCAUGGUUGGAUCGGACGUCUGUGGCUUUUCUCAAAACACGACCGAGACCCUCUGUGCGAGAUGGAUGAUGCUUGGGGCUUUCCAGAGCUUCUAUCGCAACCAUAACGAACUUGGGAAUAUUGGACAAGAGGCAUAUCGAUGGCCGAUGGUAGCAGAGGCCUCUCGAAGAGCGAUCGACAUUAGAUACCGAACCUUGGACUAUCUAUAUACAGCAUUCUACACACAGACACAGACCGGGAAGCCGUUGAUGAACCCUAUGCUCUAUAUUUAUCCGGAGGAUCCAAAGACCUUCAGCAUCGACGCACAGUACUUUUACGGCGACUCUCUGCUCGUAUCGCCUGUCAUCGAGGAAAAUAAAACAGCAGUGGAUAUCUACCUACCAGACGACAUAUUCUACGACUGGAACGCAGGCUUCGCCCCGGUCAGAGGAAAUGCUUCACUGGUAACACUCUCGGAUGUAAAUUUCACCACAAUCCCACUGCAUGUUCGCGGAGGCAGUAUCAUGCCUCUUCGAAUUGAGAGUGCAAGUACAACAACCGAAUUGCGCAAGAAGGGCUUCCACAUUCUGAUUGCUCCGGGGUUGGAUGGCAAGGCUAAUGGCUCGCUGUACCUGGACGACGGAUUGAUGAUCAAGCAACCGCAAACGAGCUUGAUCAACUUCGCCUUCAACAAUGGGACUUUCACAAUGUCUGGACAUUACGGCUACCCUGCCAACGUCAGCAUUGAGAGGAUCAGCCUGUGCAAUAUUGGCUCAGCUCCACAAAGGGUGACGAUAACCGGUCAACCAAAUUCCACGUUCAUCUAUGACAAAGACACCCGAGUGGUCGCCGUCGAUACCAUGAUUUCCCUCACCCAAAAUGCUACCGUGCAACUGCCUGCUUCGUAA